GCAGCUACUGGCCAUUUAAAAAGGGCCCAACGCCUUUGCCCUGCACAGCGUCCUCGAUCGACAACCUUUUCUUCAUCGGAAGUGUUCUGCUGGUGUUGCGAUAGAUAGGUCGAUCGUCGUCUCCUGUCUGCCCAGCAACUCGCAGGAACCGUCCAGACUUCUCCAUCUCCUGCUUGUCGUAGCGUCCUGCCAAAUCUGACCAUCAGGUUUUUUUCGUAGUCCAGCUGGGGCGCGUCGACACUUGUAAGGUCUCUCUCGCUCUCAGUCGGCGGAGUGAGCCAUGGAGGGGGCCAACGGCAACAGCAACGGCACCACGCCCCGCGCCGUGCCGCCGCUUCUCGCCGACGUCGAGGUCUCCAACCUGCCCGGAUUCGACGUCACCCCGACGCCGAACCCGCGCCACCCGGGCGCCGCCACGCCGAGCCCGCGCCACCAGGACGCCGCCGCGCCGAGCCCGCGCCCGCAGCCCAGCCCCAAGAAGGCGUCCCGCCCCGGGGUGCCGCCGAUGGAGCGCGUGACGCGCCGCAGCGAGGUGGUGCUCCCGCCGCUGGAAUCGCCGUUCCAGGCGCCGGGCUACCGCUCGAUGCAGCCGCUGUCCAUCAGCUUCCCCGUGUCGCCGAGCGGCUUCGGCGCGCCGGCCAUCCCCGCGGCGGUGGCGAGCGGCGCGGGCGCCGGGGGCGACCCGGACGGGCUGCGGCGGCAGGCCAUGGCGAACGCCGCGGCGCGCGGCGAGGCGCAGCCGUCGACGCCGGGUGCGCAGCCGCAGGACAAGCAGCAGGGAGCUGCAGGGAGCGUCCGGUUCGCGCACCAGCCGGACAAGGUGGUGUUCCGGUCGCAGCCCAUCCCCGGCGGGCAGCCGGCGCGCGCCCGGGCGGGCCGCGCCGGCAGCAGCAGGGCCAUGAGCCGGGACAAGCCCUACGACUCGUUCAAGACCUUCUCCGGGAAGCUGGAGCGGCAGCUGACCCAGCUGACGGGCGCGCCGACGGAGGCGCACGAGGAGGACGGCGAGGACGCCAUCACGACGGCCAGCCGCUGCACGUCCAUGCCCAAGGUGGACCGCUUCUUCGCGGCGCUGGAGGGCCCCGAGCUGGACAAGCUCAAGUCGUCCGAGGAGCUGGUGCUGCCGUCGGACAAGAAGUGGCCGUUCCUGCUCCGGUUCCCCGUGUCGGCGUUCGGCAUCUGCCUGGGCGUGAGCAGCCAGGCGAUCCUGUGGAAGACGAUCGCCACGUCGGCGCCCACGACGUUCCUGCACGUGGGCGCCCGGGCGAACCUGGUGCUGUGGUGCAUCUCCGUGGCGCUCAUGUGCGCCGUCACGGCCGUGUACGCGCUCAAGGUGGCCUUCUUCUUCGAGGCGGUGCGGCGCGAGUACUACCACCCGAUCCGCGUCAACUUCUUCUUCGCGCCGUGGAUCGCGUGCCUGUUCCUGGCCAUCGGCGUGCCGCCGUCGGUGGCGUCGGAGCUGCCGCGGUGGCUCUGGUACGCGCUGAUGGCGCCCGUGCUGGUGCUGGAGCUCAAGAUCUACGGGCAGUGGAUGUCCGGCGGGCAGCGGCGGCUGUCCCGGGUGGCCAACCCGUCCAACCACCUGUCCGUGGUGGGCAACUUCGUGGGCGCGCUGCUGGGCGCCUCCAUGGGGCUCCGCGAGGGCCCCGUCUUCUUCUUCGCCGUGGGGCUGGCGCACUACAGUGUGCUCUUCGUGACGCUGUACCAGCGGCUCCCCACCAACGAGACGCUGCCCAAAGAGCUCCACCCGGUGUUCUUCCUCUUCGUGGCGGCGCCGAGCGUGGCGUCCAUGGCGUGGGCCAGGAUCACGGGCGAGUUCGGGUACGGCGCCCGGGUGGCCUACUUCAUCGCCAUGUUCUUGUACGCGUCGCUGGCGGUGCGCAUCAACUUCUUCCGCGGCUUCCGCUUCUCGCUGGCGUGGUGGGCCUACACCUUCCCCAUGACCGGCGCCGCCAUCGCGUCCAUCCGCUACUCCUCGGAGGUGGACAACACCUUCACCAAGGCGCUCUGCGUCGCGCUGUCCGCCGUCGCCGUGCUCACGGUGGCGGCGCUCUUCGCCACCACGCUCGUGCACGCCUUCGUGCUCCGGAACCUCUUCCCCAACGACAUCUCCAUCGCCAUCACGGAGCGCAAGAUGAAGCCCAUCAUGGAGCUGCACGAGAGCCAGGGCGAGGACGGCAGCACCAAGAGCAACGACAUCGAGGCCGGCGGCGGCGCGCAGUGAUCCAUAUAUAUGGCUUGCCUGAACCUGAAUCCUCAUGGGGCGGCGCCGCCGGAGCUCAAGGAGUAGUCGCCGACCUCCACGUACGUACGCCAUGCGUGGGGUCCGUGGGGGAAGGACGCGAUUCCUCCGGCUUGGAUUGGUGCUAGCUUGGUGAUGGUGGUGGUGUAUAAAGGGAGGAGAAGGAGCUUUUGAUCGAUACUAGUAUAUGGUUGCAGUUAUUAGUAAUUUAGUAGAGUACUCAGUAAGACUACAUGUACAAUGUGGAUUGCGUCUUGUGGAUUGGUAAUUGUCGUGGAAAUUAUGCUUUUUUUUGCCGUGUCGAUUCCACUUUAGCAUUAGGGCAGGCCCAACCCAAACUUUACUAUGAGUCUAAGUAUAUUUAUAGUCCUCUA